ACGCCGACGACGCGCCGAGACGGUUCUCUGUUGUUGCGUUGUGCUCGCGCCGUACACUCUGUUGCUUAGUGCACGGGACGACGACGGCGGCGACGGCCGACGCGAACGGGCACGACGCUUUUUGAUGAUGAUGGUAUAUCAGUUCGUCGUGGUCCGCUACUACGCCGCGACCGUAUCGGCGGUCGCCUGCACCGGGUGAUAGAGCCGGACCUGCAGAUCGAGGAGCCGCGCAAGCGGAUAUUCGGACGACGCACACUGGACCAUAUAACCGCAUCGGCGUAGUAUAAUAGUAUAACGGUAACCGGAAGUCCGGUACACGGUCGCCACGCGCCGGAAACGCGAUCUCCGUCGUCGACUCGGAAUACAGAUGCUCUUGGCGCAUCUAGAUGGGGUCUCAAGAGAGCUUAGCCACAUUUCAAUAACAGUAAUAUCGGCAUUCGUUCGUCGAGUAUAACAUCGAGAAUUACACACUUGUGAUCGUGUGACCAGCAUGUGCUUUGGGAUGUGACGCCGGGUGGACGAGAGCAUCGUGUGCGUGAUAAGCUGUAGCUGGGUGUGCUAUGCUAGCCGCCCGCAACGUUCUGCUCCUGUUGGUGGCCGGUUCGUUUCUCGUCUCGUCGGUCCUCACGCUACCACAAGACAAAGUCACAGAGAGAAAAUUUGGUGACAAAUGCGAAUCCAACGACGACUGUCACUUCAACGGGUCAAUAUGUAGAAUUGACCGGAGCAACAAAAAGUGUCUGUGCCAACCCGAAUUUGAGGCCACCAACCACAUAGACAAAUGCGGACACAACGUAGCGAUUAACAAACCGUGUUUUUUCAACGAGCAAUGUGAGAACCUCGUAUUCCAAACAGAGUGCAGAGAUGAUGUUUGCGCUUGCCGGUUCGAGAGGACUCCGGUGUUUCAAACGGAUGGAACAGUCCAAUGUAUUGCCAAGAACAAUUCCAACUCCGAACCUUAUACUGAUCCAGCAAUGCUGUGCGUGUUGGCUGGGAUGUGUUUAAUGUUCAUAAUUAUAUGCGUUGUACUGAGAUUGUUUAGCAAGGCACGUUGGAGAGAAAACCGUACGAUAUUCAACACGCCCAACCCGAGAUUGAUGAACGUGUCGCUACUGAGAGACAACAAACCACCGUCCGGAGCAGCCGGCGAACGUAGAGGUAGCAAAUCCAGUACAAAGACCCAUUCCCCUUCGAGACAACCAAGCAUGGCCUCGUUGAAGCCCCAAUCGCCUUCUUUAGGUCGCGGAGUUCGGGGCAACAACAACGGCGGCAACGCGGAAACCGUAAGGUCUCCGACGACCAAAAGUCCGGUAGCACUUCCGGCGGAAUCAAAACCAUCUGUGGCUGUGGACAUACAGCCCGACGUAUGAAUCUUGACAUCGAACAACAUCAUAAUAACAAUAUAUAUUUGCGUCGAGUCACCGUGUACUAAUGCAUAAGACCGGUAUCGGGACAUCGCAGACAAUGAUUUUAUUUUUAAACAAAGUUAUUCUUCUUCUUUCUACUUUAUCCGCAAAUGGGCUUGAUUGCUUUUGGGACCACGGCUAAUGGUUUAUUGAUUUUUAGAUAAUAUUCAAACAUAAUAAUAAUAUUAUGCAUCCAAGCAUAUAAUAUUAUUAUAAAUAUAUUAUACAUUAUUAUGAUUUUUUA